AUGUGUGUCCAGCUGCACAUGCUACUGAUCCUGUGUCUGACCUUCACACAGGGCACUUGUAUGUUUCCUAACCAUCACUGGGGUGAAUGGAACGACUCUCAGCUUCAGCCAACGAUUCAGAAGCUGAUGAAAGGAUACAACCGCUACCUCAGACCUAACUUCAAUGAGGGCCCUGUGGAAAUUGGAAUGAGCCUCGACAUCGCCAGCAUUGAUGCCAUCUCUGAAAUCAAUAUGGACUACACUGCAACUAUUUUCCUCCGUCAGCGCUGGCGGGAUUCCAGGCUGGUGUUCCCGGGAAAUGAGAGCGUCAGCCUGGACGGACGCUUGGUGUCACUGCUCUGGAUCCCUGACACCUUCAUCCCCGACUCCAAGCGCUCCUUCCUGCAUGACGUCACCGUGGAAAACCGCCUCAUUCGCAUCUUCAGCAAUGGAACUGUUCUCUACGCCCUUCGCAUCACGGCUACGAUUGCCUGCAACAUGGACCUGACCAAGUACCCCAUGGACAGACAGGUGUGCACUCUGCAGCUGGAGAGCUGGGGCUACAACCUGCAGGAUGUGGUUUUCUACUGGACCAGAGGGAAUGAUUCAGUGAGGGGUCUUGACACACUGCGGCUGGCUCAGUACAGUAUAGAGAGCUACUAUACAUCAGUGUCAGAGGCUGUAUAUGAAACAGGACAAUACCCUAAGCUGGUGCUGCAUUUUGCACUGCGUAGAAACGUGUUGUUCUUUAUCCUGGAGACUUAUGUUCCUUCCAUUCUCCUAGUGGUUCUCUCCUGGGUCUCCUUCUGGAUCAGCCAAUCCUCUGUGCCAGCUAGAACCUGCAUUGGAGUGACUACAGUCCUGACCAUGACCACGCUGAUGAUGGGCGCUCGCACUUCUUUGCCCAAUGCCAACUGCUUCAUUAAGGCCAUAGAUGUUUACCUGGGCAUCUGCUUCACCUUCAUCUUUGGUGCGCUGCUGGAGUACGCCUGUGCCCACUUCUACACCAUGCAGCACCAGACCUUAGAGGAUUUACACAGAGAUCUCCUGAAGGAGUUAAAUGAAUCCAACGGAAAUGGCUCCAUCCCCAUCGUCAGCUCCACCCAACCAAAACAAUCUGUGGAUAUCGGCUCCAGUGCAGAGGAGACCACGGAGCAGUCAGUGAACAGCGACACUAAGAACCACACUGGGUCAAAAGAGAAGGUGACAGGGCAAGGGUGUGGCCUGUCUUCCGUGAAGGACGCAUUGCGCAGGGCAGCAUCUGUCUUCGUUGUGGAAAAUCCACACAACAUUGAUCGUCACGCCCGCACCGUUUUCCCCACAGCGUUUCUCUUUGUCAAUAUUCUCUACUGGCUUUACUAUCUCUUUCUCUGAGAGCUGGUUCCAAGCUGCUGCAUAAUUAAUUUCAGCAUCCUGAAGCUGCUCUACCUCCUCAUUUGAGAACCAGUACCAGUCGCCACUGCCUGGAUGGAAAGUGACCAUGCAACCUUUUGGCUAGAGCCUUUUUGUAUGUAACACAUAUAAAACCUUUUUGUCCCACAAAUAGGGCUACAAGUUGAUGAAAAGCAGUUGGUUAGGAUUGGGAACCAGUAAAUCUUCCCUGUAUCAUAUUCUGUAUUAAAGGCUAUUAUUAUUAAUGUAUGAAUGGGCGGCUACCAAGACAUUAACAUGUAAAAGUGAGGACAGGGAGCCUGUAACUAGCUAUAAAAAUAGGCUGCCUGAACUGCUCCACACUAUACUGUGCUGGAUUGAAUUGCC